AUGGAGUUGGAAGAGACAAUGAGACAAGCAAAGGUGGAAGUUGGGGUGGUGGAGGAGGUGCAGAGGAGGAGACCAGGUGCCUUUCGACGGAAUUGGCCAAGCAAAGUUUGUCAUGAGCUAACAGAGCGAAUGACAGUCAGAGCCCAUGAAGAUGCUAGUACGAGUGUAGAUGGACGAGAUCAAGUUGGAACUCUGAAUGUGACUAGACUGUGCAAGGAACAGGAGAUUGUGACAGUGAAUGGACAGUUUCCAGGUCCAACUAUAUAUGUUCAUGAAGGUGACUACCUUCUUGUCCGUGUGAAGAACGAGGCGUCUUACAAUGUUACCAUACACUGGCAUGGAGUGAGGCAAUACCAAUCUGGAUGGGCUGAUGGACCAGCCUACAUAACGCAGUGUCCCAUUUCUCCAGGGACUAGUUAUAAUUACUUUUUUAGAGUCAUAAAACAGGAAGGGACACUAUGGUGGCAUGCACAUAUCACCUGGCUUAGGGCUACACUGUAUGGAUCUUUAAUCGUUUACCCUCGCAAAGGACAUCACUAUCCAUUUCAGCCGCCUGCUGAGGAGUUUACCAUCCUUUUAGGGGAAUGGUGGAAUGCGAAUGUUGACGAUGUGUUAGCAGAGGGCAUUCUAUCAGGACUCCCAAAUGGAUCUGAUGCAUAUACAAUUAAUGGUCAGCCAGGAGACUUAUAUCCAUGCUCUGCAUCAGAUACAUAUAAUAUUGUGGUUGAGAUGGGCAAAACGUAUCUUCUAAGAGUCAUCAAUGCUGGUAUGAAUGAAGGAUUGUUUUUCAAAAUUGCAAAUCACAAGAUGACAGUCGUAGCAGUGGAUGCAUCCUACACAAAACCAUAUGAAAGCGACUUAGUGGUGAUAUAUCCUGGCCAGACAACAGACGUCCUCCUUACAGCAAAUGAAGAGAAAGGAUCAUAUUACAUGGCUGCCAAAGCAUAUCUCAGUGGACCUUCUGUUCCCAUCAAUAAUUCCACUACAACAGCAAUCUUAGAAUACAAGGACAAGAGUACCAAUACCAGUCCCCUAAUGCCCUCUUUUUUUGAUACCUCUAUAGUCAUGAAAGUCAGUAGAGAUCUUAGGGACAAGAGUAGCAAUACCAGUCCCUUAAUGCCCUCUCUUCCUGAGUUCAAUGAUACCUCUAUAGUCACGAAAUUCAGUACAAGUCUUAGAAGCCUCUCUGCAUCUGUGCCUCAAACUGUAGACCAAGAAAUGCUGAUAACAGCAGGACUUGGACUCCAAAACUGUCCACCUGGCACUUGCGAGCCAAACAAUGGCACCCGGUUUGUGGGAUGCUUUAAUAACAUUUCAUUUGUUUUACCAAAGAUCGCUGUUCUACAGGCCCAUUUUUUUGGAAUCCCUGGUGUCUUUACCACAGAUUUUCCAGACAGCCCUCCUUUGAAAUUCAAUUACACUGACCCAGAUCAACAGCAGGAUAUUGCGUUCCCUGAAGUCGGGACCAAAGUAAAAGUCAUUCCAUUCAAUAGCAUUGUGCAGAUAGUGUUGCAGGGUACCAGCGUUGUCACCAUAGAAAGCCAUCCUGUUCACCUCCAUGGAUUCGAUUUUUACGUCGUGGGUCAAGGGUUUGGUAACUAUGACCCUCUAACAGAUCCUCAGCAUUUCAACCUGGUAGAUCCUCAGCAGCGCAAUACCAUUGGAGUUCCUUCUGGUGGGUGGGCAGCUAUCAGAUUUAGAGCUGAUAAUCCAGGAGCUUGGUUUAUGCAUUGCCAUUUCGAUAUUCAUUCAUUAUUUGGAUUCGACAUGGUAUUACUUGUAGAGAAUGGACCAGGAAUCAAACACAAAGUACCUCCUCCUCCUCUUGAUCUACCCAAAUGCUAA